UGAAUAAAAUUAGAUGUCGUUUUCCUGAGAGGAUGAGAAAUUAAUGAGCUAUAAGAACAAGCUCUUUCCUCUUAUCAGGAGACUCGUUCGACUGGACUUUACUCGCGCCGCCUCAUAUUCCUCGAGCUCCGCCAUGGAAGACUACCAGAAACUCCUCAAAACCAAGGUCUGCAUAAUCGGAAGUGGCCCAGCGGCUCACACCGCCGCCAUAUACGCUGCACGAGCAGAGCUCAAGCCCAUUCUCUUCGAAGGUUGGAUGGCCAAUGGAAUCGCGCCAGGUGGCCAGCUCACCACCACCUCCGAAGUCGAGAAUUUCCCGGGCUUCCCUGACGGAAUCAACGGGAUCGAGCUCAUGGACCGUUGCAGAGCCCAGUCUCACCGUUUCGGCACGGAGAUUUUCACCGAAACCGUCAACACCGUCGACUUCUCCACCACUCCUUUCAAGGUCUUCGCCGAAUCCAGAACCGUCAUCGCCGAUUCCGUCAUCCUCGCCACCGGCGCCGUGGCCAAGCGUCUGGAAUUCACCGGCUCCGGCGAAGGCGCCAACGGGUUCUGGAACCGUGGAAUUUCAGCUUGCGCGGUUUGCGACGGAGCCGCACCGAUUUUCCGCAACAAACCCCUGGCUGUGAUCGGCGGCGGAGACUCGGCGAUGGAAGAGGCAACAUUCCUCACAAAAUACGGUUCCAUGGUGUAUAUAAUCCACCGGAGGGACUCGUUUAGGGCUUCGAAGAUUAUGCAACAGAGAGCGCUGGAUAACCCUAAGAUCAAGGUACUGUGGAACUCGGUGGUGGAAGAAGCGUACGCGGACGAGACUAAUGGCAGAGUUUUGGGAGGGUUGAAGGUGAAAAACGUGGUGACUGGGGAGGUUUCGAAUUUAAAGGCGUCGGGAUUGUUCUUUGCGAUAGGCCACGAGCCGGCUACGAAGUUUUUGGGUGGGCAGCUGGAGCUUGAUUCCGAUGGUUACGUUGUGACGAAGCCGGGCACGACUAAGACUAGUGUGCGCGGAGUUUUUGCUGCUGGUGAUGUUCAGGACAAGAAGUAUAGGCAGGCUGUUACUGCAGCUGGCACUGGUUGCAUGGCAGCUUUGGAUGCAGAACAUUACUUGCAAGAGAUUGGAUCGCAGGAGGGUAAAAGGGAUUGACUACCUAGGGUGUGCUGCGGAUUUGAAAGCCAAUCAGUUAGAAGCAAUAUUUAAUCAAGGAUAUAGAAUUGUCUUUGAAACAUUUAUAUUUUAGUAUUGGACUAUUGGAUGCAUUGAUAGAUUACUUCUUAAGUUGAUUGGCUUGAUAAUCUAGAAAUCUUAUGUUUAACUUUGGCAAUUGUUUAUGGUUUUGAUUCAAACUUGUUGUAGCUUUGACUCCUGCUUUAUUGAGAUAUCUUGCUUUAGCACCA